UCUCACCUGCUCCUCUGUCUGCUCACCCUCAAUCCACCAGAAACAUGGGCUGCUGUGGUUGCUCUGGGGGCUGUGGCUCCGGCUGUGGGGGCUGUGGUUCCAGCUGUGGGCGCUGUGGCUCCAGCUGCUGUGUGCCCGUCUGCUGCUGCAAGCCUGUGUGCUGCUGUGUGCCAGCCUGUUCCUGCUCUAGCUGUGGCUCCUGUGGAGGCACUAAGGGGGGCUGUGGCUCCUGCAGAAGCUCUAAGGGAGGCUGUGGCUGUGGCUCCUGUGGGGGCUCUAAGGGAGGCUGUGGUUCUUGUGGCUGCUCCCAGUCCAGCUGCUGCAAGCCCUGCUGCUCCUCAGGCUGUGGGUCCUCCUGCUGCCAGUCCAGCUGCUGCAAGCCCUGCUGCUCCUCAGGCUGUGGGUCCUCCUGCUGCCAGUCCAGCUGCUGUAAGCCCUGCUGCUCCUCAGGCUGUGGGUCCUCCUGCUGCCAGUCCAGUUGCUGCAAGCCCUGCUGUUCCUCAGGCUGUGGGUCCUCCUGCUGCCAGUCCAGCUGCUGCAAGCCCUGCUGCUCCUCAGGCUGUGGGUCCUCCUGCUGCCAGUCCAGCUGCUGUAAGCCCUGCUGCUCCUCAGGCUGUGGGUCAUCCUGCUGCCAGUCCAGCUGCUGUAAGCCCUGCUGCUCCUCAGGCUGUGGGUCAUCCUGCUGUCAGUCCAGCUGCUGCAAACCCUGCUGCUCCCAGUCCAGCUGCUGUGUCCCCAUGUGCUGCCAGUGCAAGAUCUGAGGCUCUAGCAGGAAUUCUCAGGUAGCUCCUGAAGAUCUGUUCUUCCCAACAAGUGACUACCCCUCAUGCAUAUUCUCUUUCAGAUAU